AACAUACCUAGAAGAAGCACGACUUCAGUGCCCGCCACUCCCUCGGGGUCCUCCAACUUCCCCCAGCCUCCAGAGAGCGGAGCGCGAAGGGGCGCGGCAGCCCGGGCCAGCCCACAGCUACACUCAGCUUUGCCAGUCCCCCUGCCGUCGCAGCUACAGCAGGCUCGGGAUGGGGCAGUGGCAGGGGCACAGGGGUUUCAUUAGGAACCUUGAUUGUUAGCUCCCAGGUCUGGGUGCCUGCAGCCGGCGUGAGCAGCUUGUACCUAGCGCGGUCUGCAGUAACAGUGCAGCGGAGGGAGGCUGGGCGCAGGCUCAAGCCAGGACUCGGGGCGCAGGAGUCAUGACGGACACCAGCCACAAGAAGGAGGGCUUCAAGAAAUGUAGGAGCGCCACUUUCAGCAUCGACGGGUACAGCUUCACCAUCGUUGCAAAUGAAGCAGGAGACAAGAAUGCCAGACCACUUGCCCGCUUCUCCCGGUCUAAGUCACAGAACUGUCUGUGGAACUCCCUCAUUGAUGGGCUCACUGGGAAUGUUAAGGAGAAGCCACGGCCAACAAUUGUCCAGGACACCCGACCCCCAGAGGAAAUUCUGGCAGAUGAAUUGCCACAGCUCGAUAGCCCAGAAGCCUUGGUGAAGACAUCCUUCAGGUUACGGUCUUUGGUCAAGCAACUAGAGCGAGGAGAGGCCUCUGUGGUAGAUCUUAAGAAGAAUCUGGAAUAUGCAGCCACAGUGCUUGAGUCUGUAUAUAUUGAUGAAACAAGGCGACUGCUGGAUACAGAGGAUGAGCUUAGUGACAUUCAGUCAGAUGCUGUGCCUUCUGAAGUUCGGGAUUGGCUGGCCUCCACCUUCACACGGCAGAUGGGAAUGAUGCUUAGGAGAAGUGACGAGAAGCCCAGGUUCAAGAGCAUCGUCCACGCAGUGCAAGCUGGGAUAUUUGUGGAGAGAAUGUACAGACGGACAUCAAACAUGGUUGGGUUGAGCUAUCCACCAGCUGUAAUCGACGCAUUGAAGGAUGUGGACACGUGGUCUUUUGACGUCUUUUCCCUCAAUGAGGCCAGUGGAGAUCAUGCGUUGAAGUUCAUUUUCUAUGAAUUACUCACACGUUAUGACCUGAUCAGCCGUUUUAAGAUACCCAUUUCUGCACUUGUCUCAUUUGUGGAGGCCCUCGAAGUGGGUUACAGCAAGCACAAAAAUCCUUACCAUAACCUGAUGCAUGCCGCUGAUGUCACACAGACUGUGCAUUACCUCCUUUAUAAGACAGGAGUAGCAAACUGGCUGACAGAGCUGGAGAUCUUUGCAAUAAUCUUCUCGGCUGCCAUCCACGACUAUGAACAUACUGGAACUACCAACAAUUUCCACAUUCAGACACGGUCAGAUCCAGCUAUCCUGUACAAUGACAGAUCUGUACUGGAAAACCACCACCUGAGUGCAGCCUACCGGCUUCUACAGGAAGACGAAGAGAUGAACAUUCUAGUCAACCUCUCAAAAGAUGACUGGAGGGAGUUCCGAACUUUGGUAAUUGAGAUGGUAAUGGCCACAGAUAUGUCCUGUCAUUUCCAGCAAAUCAAAGCCAUGAAGACAGCCCUGCAGCAACCAGAAGCAAUUGAAAAGCCAAAAGCCUUAUCCCUCAUGCUGCACACAGCCGACAUCAGCCAUCCUGCGAAAGCAUGGGACUUACACCACCGUUGGACCAUGUCUCUCCUGGAGGAGUUCUUUAGACAGGGUGACAGAGAAGCAGAGCUGGGGCUGCCAUUUUCUCCUCUGUGUGACAGAAAGUCAACCAUGGUUGCUCAGUCACAAGUGGGUUUUAUUGACUUCAUCGUGGAACCUACCUUCACUGUGCUCACGGAUAUGACCGAGAAGAUUGUGAGUCCAUUAAUUGACGAAAGCUCCCAGACUGGUGGGACAGGCCAGAGGCGAUCAAGUUUGAACAGCAUCAACUCAUCAGAUGCAAAGAGGUCAGGUGUCAAGAGUUCUGGGUCAGAAGGAAGUGCUCCCAUCAACAAUUCUGUCAUCCCUGUUGACUAUAAGAGUUUUAAAGCCACUUGGACCGAGGUGGUGCAGAUCAAUCGGGAGCGAUGGCGAGCCAAGGUACCCAAAGAAGAGAAAGCCAAAAAGGAAGCUGAAGAGAAGGCUCGCCUGGCUGCUGAGGAAAAGCAAAAGGAAAUGGAAGCCAAAAGCCAAGCUGAACAAGGCACAACCGGCAAAGCUGAGAAAAAGACAUCAGGAGAAGCAAAAGGCCAAGCCAACGCAACACGCAAGGGUGACAACCCUCGUGGGAAGAACUCCAAAGGCGACAAGGCAGGCGAAAAGCAGCAGAAUGGUGACUUGAAAGACAGUAAAAAUAAGGCAGACAAGAAGGAUCACUCUAACACCGGAAAUGAGUCAAAGAAAACAGAUGGUACCAAGAAACGUUCUCACGGCUCACCUGCUCCAAGCACUAGUUCCACAAGUCGUGUUACCUUGCCAGUCAUCAAGCCUCCUUUGCGUCACUUUAAGCGUCCUGCUUAUGCAUCUAGCUCCUACGCACCUUCUGUUCCAAAGAAAACUGAUGAUCAUCCCGUAAGGUACAAGAUGCUGGAUCAGCGGAUCAAGAUGAAGAAGAUCCAGAACAUCUCUCAUCACUGGAACAAAAAAUAGGGCAAGUAUAAGAACAGAGGGAGUGGAGGAGGACCUGCCUGCCUGCCUGCCUGCCUCUCAGCACCUACUAGAUGCACCAGGACACACCUCCAAAGUCAUGCAGCUGGCACUACUGUGACUGACCGUGAAAGUCAAAGUGAAAUCUGCCUGAGAUUCCCCUUGGUCGUUUUCUUAUAGAUGCACCAGAUACACUACAUUUGAGGUCAAUCAAGACUCCAGCAAAAGCUAGUAAAUGGUAGAUUGAUUUGAUUUUACUGUGUAGGCCUUUAACAGUCUUAAGUUGUACCCAAAUUAAAAAUGAUACAUCUUAUCCUGAAAAUUAAAUUCUUCCCACUGCCCUAUUUUCAUCCCCAAGAGAUGAUGUACCCUGACAUGAACACUGCCUCAAUAACUAUCAGGGGUAAGAAAUGUACUUCUAAAAGUAACUUUUCCAAUUAAAAUUAUAUUAUUUUGUGAAAUUAAAAUGUGAUUAAAAUAUAAACACCAAUUUCCCCUUUAUUUUCCCUUCUUCCAAGCCCUUAUGUACACACUUGUUCUCUC